AUGGCCGCUCCUCAAGUCGAACAGGUCGAGACAGAGUUGGGACCACAUGUGGGCGAGAUAACGGCGGCAGUGAUAGGAGCCAGUUUUGGUGCUAUGUUGCUCGUUAUCUUUGCGUUGAUUCUCUGCCUUCACAAGCGGUCGAAAGCGUCAAGCACAGUCAGAUUCGCCGCCAUCCAGAAUUUGUAUGGACAGCCACUGUUCCCCACUUCACAAUCAAUUCUGAGCCACAAUAUUCUGAAGAAGGCUCAGACUCGAUAA